GUUUGCGGGGAGGACUGGUAGGCUGUGAGUGUCCUCAUUUGGGAGCUCACUCCAGGGUGCAGGGCCAGUGACCCAGCCCUGGGGAGGGUGGGGAUCUGGCUGCACCUGGCUCCAGCCUCUACCCCGGGGGAAUCCCCAGCACCUUGCAGCCAGCCAGCUAAGGCUAAGUGCUGAGGAAGAGGAUGGAAGGAGGGGAGCCAGGCAGCCAGGUUUCCAACGGGGAUCCCGGGAAGUGUUGAUGGAGGUGGAGGCUGCAGUGGGGACAGUCCUGUCCCAUAAGGGCUUGGCCGCUUCUGGGAGGCUUCCAAGGUGGGAUGGAAUAAAGGACACCUACCCUUGGAAAAGGCUGUUGUGUUGACCCAGCCCAUUAAUGCAGCGCGACUGGGAGGAGCACUGUGGCCCAAGCCGGCCGCUGCCCUGCCCUUCCUGUAGGGUGUUGAAUGGUGGCCCCCAAAGAUAUGUCUGCAUCCUAAUCCCUGAAACCUGUGAAUGUGACCUGAUUUGAAAAAGGAGUCUUUGCAGAUAAAAUGAAGGAUCUUGCCAUGAGGCGAUCACCCUGGAGUACCUGUGUGGGCCCUAAAUCCUCACCAGUGGCAAGCGUCCUUUAAGAGAGAGGCAAAGGGAGAUUGGGACAGAAGGGAAGAACAGAGGAGGGGAUGAGGCUAUGUGGAGUCUGAGGCAGAGACUGGAGUGAGGUGGCUACAAGCCAAGGAAUGCCAGGCCUGCCAGUGGCCGCUUGGUUUAGGGCCUCUUGCCUCUAAGCCACGAGAGAAUGAACAUGUUGUUUUAAGCCACCCAGGCUAUGGUCAUUGGUAACAGCAAACACAGAAACUAACACAUGUCUCUUCCGCAAACCUGGGCUCCCCUAGAGUCCAGCAGCUGCUCCCUACAUUUCUUGAGAUGACUGGUUCUGGCCAGAAAUGCCCAAACCAGUGGGGGCACUGGUUACCAAGACAGAGCCUUGGAAAAACUCCGAGCUUCCUUCUCUUGGCCUCAGCAAUCACUCUAGUGUAAUAAUAGCGCCAUUCAAAGCGCAGGUGGUUUUGUUCGCCUGAAUUUGUUAACCUACUCAGGGACUUGGGACUCCUGCCAAGCGGAAGUAUCACUUAAAGCAGCAGGUGCCCCCAGAAUUUUACUGCGGUCAAAAUUGAGCCUAGACAACAUGGCAAAACCCCGAGUCUACUAAAAAAUGCAAAAAUUAGCUGAGCAUGGUAGUGGGCACUUUUAAUCUCAGCUACUUGGGAGGCUGAGGUAGGAGAAUCGCUUGAACCCAGGAGGCGGAGGUUGCAGUGAGCCGAGAUGGCACCAUUGCACUCCAGCCUAAGCAACAGAGCAAGACUCCUUCUCGUCGGGGCUGGGGAUGGGAAAUGGGUCUGGGGACGAGCGACAGGAAGCUGUGAUGCGGGGCGUGGGGCUUGCACCCCACUCACCCGUGCUGCCCAGGGGUGGUUUCCUUGUCCACACCCCAGCCGCUUUCCAGUUAAAGGUUUAUUCUCAACCCCAGCCCUAGGUCCUGUGUCUCCAGUUGUCUCAUUUGUUUCCCUUCAGGUGCCUAUCCCUUCCACCUGGGGUAGAGAUGGGUGGUGCCUGAGCCGGGGAAGAGAGGUUCGUAAGUCAUUUCACAAGUGGGUGAGUUAACUGACUUGCCCACAGGCGGAGGCGGAUGUGGAGCCAGAUGCCCUCUGAUAAGCGCAAGAGGGUGCUGUGGAGAAAAAGUCUGGGAUUUUCUAGAGGGUCUUGCAUUACCUUCAAAAUUUUGAGUGUGGUUUAAGGUUCAACUCUCUGCCUUAUAGGAUCAGAAACCCCAAAUCGUUCUCACCAGAGACAGAGGGCUUCCUCUCGCAGGGGCCCACGGAAAGUGUUUCAGGUGUGGGAUGACAACUGAUUAACUAAUGAUGAGAAAGAUUUAGGCUCUACUGUGGGAAAUCGCCAGUAUUUUAAUGCUUCUGCCCUAUAAAAAUGGCAAUUUCAUAUGGUUCCACACUACUGCCACCACAGGGGCCUGGGAUACUCGGAUCCCUUUAACCUCAACUGUUCCCUGCAGGUCCUGAACACAGGAAGCCCAAUUCUAAUCCAAGAGGUUCUUGGUGUGCAGUGAACUGCAGCAGGGAUUCUGGGACUAGAGGGCGGGCUGCUGCCCUGGCGGCUAGAGCUCUGGCACCCACCACUCCGCCAUGAUGCUCUCUUGUUGAACAAACACAACUUCUCUGGACACCAACAUCAAACAAGGCAACUCUGUGACCAGAUGGGCGAGACAAAAACAAGGCCACUUGUUUGAACAAGUGAGGCUGCACUGUGGUCUAGAAGCAGCUUCCAAAAAUCUUCAAAAGACACGUUGCUGAGAUGGUGCUGCUCACUCUCUGAGCUCCCGUGUGCACUUCCCAAUCGCGGCUGCGGAGGAACAGGGUGCUGUGGUCUGCUGUUUGCACCCCAGACCUGCUAGCUGCAUUUACCAGCUCCUGGGCCCCUCCUGAGGGGACUGCUCUCCAGACUCAGGGUCCUCUCCUGAUUGGGGGUAGGGGGUGCUUCAAAAUGCCUUCUCUGAUUAGUUUCGAAAAUGAGUGUUCCACGUGAGUGGCAUGGAGGCCUCGCCCUGUCCCUCAAGGGCUGGACGACAAGAGAGUCCAUGCUGUUGUCUUUCUUGAGAAAAACCUUUCGACCAGGUUCAAGGGUUCCUUAAGACUUGGAUGGGUAUCCAAUUACUUUUCUUUUCUCUCAAUGCAUCAUUAAAAAUAUUGGCUUCAUAGAACACUUGUCUCAUCUGUUUCGCUCCUAGACAACCCCUCUCCCCGCAAGAAAGACAAACCCCAGUCUCCCCAGACAGCAGCCCCAUCUCCUCAAAGACCUUGGGCAGCUGCCAGCAGGGAUAACGUGCUUUCCAUCACACCAGGGAGGCUAUGUGCUGUUGUUUCUGUUUUAAUAUUUCACAAUGGUGAUUCUGGCCAGAAAUGAAAGCAUUAAAAGGCUCUCUGGCUCAUAAGCCCCCUGCCUGGCCCUGUCCUGCAUGGGCAGGUCGUCACUCCUGAUGCCAGCGGCAAACGCUUAGCAGGCGCUGCACUUUCCAUGAAACGAAAACGCUCCAAGUCUAGAGCCAGAGUGGAGGGUACAGUGGCCCCUCUGCAUCGCCCCCACCUUCCCCAGACCCACUUUCUCAUUCACCGCGGGGCCCAUCCCUCAAUGGGGGACCUCUAUUUGUUCUGUUCAGUGCAGGGCCCCGGCCCUCCCACACAGUGGGGUCCUGUGGCCUUGUCGUGGGGAAGUCCUGAGCUUCAGGUCCUCAGAGCCCCAAAGCCGUAAGGGGGCUGCUCUUGGUGCGCUGGCCUCCUUUGGACCCCGAGCGCCGCAAGACCAAGAUGGAUCAGAGCAUCUGCAGCCGUGUCAGAAAUACAUUGAUUUUUGUUACAGCCACGAGGCCCAUCCAAUUAAAAAUAAUCACCAGCGUGUUCCAAGUCCUUAUUCUUGCCAAGCGCAUUGAUGGCUGCUCACAUGGAACAAUGCUGUUUGUUGAACAUGGACUCAUUUUCACAGCUGAUCAGAGAAGAAAUGUUGAAGCGUGCCCAUGCCUCCAAUCCUGGGCGGUCUGGAGGUUUUCCGACAUGGUAUUAAUCCCCAUAGGCCUUUAAGGGGCUUGGGCCAGGGCAGCUUUCCUUGUCUGGGGCUAGAGUCAUCACUAACCAUUUAUUACAUUUCUGUCUAGAGUCAGGGCACAGGCCAAGGUGAGGUCACAGAGAGAGAGGAGAGACGGCGAUCCUAUGUGGUGCCUGGGAAGCAUUUAUAAACUGCCAGCAGGUUGGGAGGGGAGGGACAGGCAGGUCCUUCGAAAUUACAUCUGCUACCACUUUGUAAACAUAAAGGACAAAUAGGAAAGAGACAGGACACAAACCUGCCCAGGUAGGGCUGUUUAUUUGCUUAUUGGUAGAGGCAGUGAUGGGAUGGAAAAGUCAGGCAUUGAUACCAGAUAAACCCGGAUUUGAAUCCCAGCUCUACCACCAACUAGCUGUGUGACCUUAGGCAAGUCACUUACCCUCUCUGAUGGCUGGUUUAAUUAUCUCUAAAGUCUAGCUAAUAAUACCUUCCUGCAGGGAUUGAAUGGCAUUACCACUUAUAAAGUCUUUAGAAGAGCACCUGGUGUAUACCAACUCAUCAAAGAACACAAUUUUGAAUACACUUCACAGUUUUCUGUAACUCUCAGCAAUCUUCCUAAUGUCUAUUUGCUCAAGUCUGAAAGUAUCCCAAGAGUCUAUAUUUAACGUUUUUCCCCUUCUGGUUGAGGGUAGCAAGGAAUGAGAAAUUAUAUACAGAAAAAGUUUCCUUGACAAUUCCCAUUUUUUGUUCUGGAGAUAUUCUUUCUUUCCAAGCUUUUAAAGGUUUCCUUUUUAGUCCAGAUUUCUCUGUAUAGAGCCACCAUAGCAAGUUUGUUUUCUGGUCUGUGCGUUGGUUGGUUUGUUUUAAAUGGAAUCUGGCUCUGUUGCCGAGGCUGGAGUGCAGUGGCAUGAUUUCGGCUCACUGCAACCCCUGCUUCCUGGGUUCAAGCGAUUCUCCUGCCUCAGCCUCCCGAGUAGCUGGGAAUACAAGCAUGCACCACCACCCCUGACUAAUUUUUUGUACUGUUAGUAGAGAUGGGGUUUCACCAUGUUGCCCAGGCUGGUCUCAAACUCCUAACCUCAAGUGAUCCACCUCCCAAAGUUCUGAACUUACAGGUGUGAGCCAGUGUGCCUGGCCCAGUCAUAUCAUGUUCUGGCGAAUACGGGUACAGAAUGUCUGGGGUGUUAGCAGUAUGACUGGGGGGGCGGUUCUCGAUGUCCUUGCUGGUGUUUCCUUUCAUGAGCUCUUUAGGUGUGUAGCUAGCUGAGGCCACAUGGUACAGUGCUUAGGCAGGGGGCUGCGGAAUUCAUCCACCUGCUUUUAAUCACUACCACAAACUGAUUUUGUCAACCAAGUUCUCCAGUUCUCGUUUGUCUGUUAAAAAGGGGUGAUAAGGAUAAUACCCUCUUCCUGGGACUGUUGACCCCACACACUGAGUUUUAGGUUCCUGACAUCAAAUGGACUGUUAUUGUGUAAUGUUGCACUCUUCGAAAACACCUUUUUCUAGAAAGUAACCAGAUGAUUUGUGACUCAGAUUUGAGAUCCCUCUGCUCAGUGUAUUCACCAGAACUUAGUAGAGUUGUUCUUUUUUAAUUUUGCCAUGUUAGCAGGUGGGGAGUGGUUUUAAUUUCCAUUGCCCUAGAGACCAGUGAUUUUGAGCAUCUUUUCACGUGAUUAUUUGCCAUCCAUAUAUCUUCUUUAGCAUUAUCUGACAAUUUGGCAAAUUGUUCAAAUCUUCUGUCAUUUUUGCAUUGUUUUCUUUUUUUAUUAUUUUGAGAGUUUAACAACUAUAUUCUAGGUAUAAGUCCUUAUAAGUAUUUUGUCGAUAUUUUCUUCCAAUCUAUACCAUGUGUUUUUAUUCUCUUCACACUGUUUGUUUGUUUGUUUGUUUGUUUUGAGAUAGGGUCUGGCUCUGUCACCCAGGCUGGAGUACAGUGGCAUAAUCACAGCUCACUGGAGCCUCAACUUUCCUGGGCUCAGGUGAUCCUCCCACUUCAGCCUCAUGAAUAGCUGGGACUACAGGCACACACUACCACACCCAGCUAAUUUUUUUUUUUUUUUUUUGUAUUUUCUGUAGAGACAGGGUUUCACCAUGUUGCCCAGGCUGGUCUCAAACUCCUGGGCUCAAAUGAUCAGCCCACCUUGGCCUCUUAAAGUGUUGGGAUUACAGGUUUGAGCCACUGCACCAGGCCAACAUUGUCUUUUGAAGUGCAGAAGUUUUUAAUCUUGAAGAAGUGCAAUUUAUCACUUCUUUUUUCUCUUAUAGAUCAUGCGUUUGGGUGUUGCAGCUAAGAAACUUUUGCCAAACCAAAGUCACAAAAUUUUCUCCUACGUUUUCUUCUAGGAGUUUUAUAGUUUAGUUUUUACAUUGAGGUCGAGGAUCAUUUCGAAGCUAAGUUUUGUGUAUGGUUUGAAGUUUGCAUAGAGGUCCCAUUUUUGCAUAUGGGUGUCCUGUUAUUCCAGCAUCAGUUAUUGAAAAGAUGAUCCUUUCCCCAUUGAAUUGCCUUUGACCUUUGUUGAAAAUCAGUGGACCACCCAUGUGAUGAGGGGUCUCAAUUCAUUUUAUAAUCUUGUAUUAAAAUUCCCUGCUUCUGGCCUUCAUUCCCUGAAACUCCUCCCUGUUACACCCAGGCAGGGUCCCCCACUCUCAAUCACGGGCAUUGCUCACUGUAUUGGGUCCCCACUGCAAAAAGCACUGACUGAUCUCCUAUACCCUGAAGUUCUGUGAACCUUGUCCCAGUGGAGCUUGGCUGCAGAUGGGUGCACAGGCCUCUGAAAGGUUGGGGGGAGUCCCCUGCACCAUGUUUUCCAGAAAGCCUGUCAUUCGAAGAGCACUCCCCAGUGUGGACCACAGCUCUGCAUGCCCAAGAUGCUCUGAGACCCUGGCCAGGUUGGAGUCCGUGGAGCCCCUCCACUUCCUCCCACGCCCGCCCCAUCCUUGCCUUCCCUUAACUCCAAUCAGGCUGGAGAGCCUCCAAAAGAAACUUGAUGAGAAGACCUGGUCUACCUUUGGAAUACAUGGAGGGUGGACUCCUCCAGCAGCCGGUCUUGGCCGCCUCUCCGGCAGCUGCCUAGGGAGGCAGAGCACGCGCGUCUGAGGGCUGCUGGCUGCAUUUCCCAGCAGUUAGGAAUUAGAUGAAGCCAUAACCAGCGCUAUACUUGGCAAAGCACCUGGACACAAUAGUAUGCUUAAUGAAAUGAUUAAAUGUCUCCUUGGCGGAGCUUCAUUUCAUUGAUUUAACUUUUAUUGACCUCUGAUGAAUGUCUGCCAAAACUCUAGCGCAGCACAGAGAGGCUGGGCAGGCAUCUGCCACCAGGCACGGUUUGGCCUUUGUCCCUUCUUUUUCCCCCACCUGGAGAACUCAGUGCCAUCAUUUCUGCUCUUUAAGCCACAUCCCCUGGAGGUAAGUGAAUGACUACUGAACUGGAAAAAUUUUAAUAAAAAUGUUUCCUUUUUCAAAGAAAAUUGGUCCUGGCGAGGCAGAAAUGUAGAGGGCCGUGUUCCUUAACAAUCCUCUAUUCGAUCCACUGAAAAUCAUAUGGUUUGUAUCUAGGACAAAACAUAUUUCCAGAGAGUCCUACCAAGAUGUUUCAUGGAAAAUAUUUUUCAAAGGGACAAUUUUAACGGUAAGAUUCAUAGGAGAAGUCCUGUUCACUCUGUCCCUUCUGUAAGAUUGACAGUGCCCUUCACCUUCACAAAGAUGCUAAGAAAGUCUUGGAGGUUCGCCUGCCUAGCUCAAUUCAACUGUUUUUGCAGCGUUACUUAAGCUAAGAACUUUUUUUUUUCACCUAAACUAUUAACACCAGGGAACUCAGCUGGAAAAUGACUUUCCAGAAAAUUCCAUAAAAUGUUCACAUAAAAGCAGUAUCUGUUGCUGUGUUCUAUUCAACAGAAGCCUUAGAAUCGGUGAAGGGUGAGACAGUGAGGAACUGGGGCCACCCCAGGCGGCCUGCCUGCUUCUCUCUGGCAUUCCUGGCCUGACCAGACAUGAAAAGAAAUCAUGUUUUCCAGCGAUCCUGAGAGUGUGGGGCCGGAAGCCCCAACCAAGUUCUGUGACUGACCAGUUGAGUAAGACUGUUGAACCCCCAGAUCAGAAACAGCCCAUCUCCCCAAGCUUACCACGGUGUAUACUGACCUAUGAUUGCACAGUAAGUGGACAGCAGAUAGUUUUUAUCUUUUUUUCUCCUACCAGUUUUCUGAAGAGAUUCAUUUUUUUCCAAAUGUCACAACUGAAUUAAAAACAGGUUUUUUUGGUUUUUUUCCCCAACUUCCUUCCUUCUGCACUGCAUCUCUUCCUUCUCCAAACUCAUGUUUGGGACUAGGGAUCUGCUAUGAAAGACUUCCUUUUUUUUUUUGAGACAGAGUCUCUCUCUGUCGCCCAUGCUGGAAUGGAGUGGUGCAAUCUUGGCUCACUGCAACCUCUACUCUGAGAUUUAAGCAAUUCUCCUGCCUCAGCCUUCUAAGUAGCUGGGAUUACAGGCACUUGCCACAAUGCCUGGCUAACUGUAUUUUUAGUAGAGACGGGGUUUUACCAUGUUGGUUGGGCUAAUCUUAAAUUCCUGACCUCAGGUGAUCCACCUGCCUCGGUCUCCCAAAGUGCUGGGAUUACAAGUGUGAGCCACCGUGCCUAGCCCAAUCUGUCUUUUAAGAGGUAUCAGCCAUGAAAAAAUGGAAUACAACAGUGAAAGCUGCUCUCCCCACUUCGUAUAGAGCUGCCACUGCUGCUAAUGUGGAAUUAGAUUAGGGGUUGACUGUCCCUGUGAAAUAAACUCUCCCUACAGUCAGAAAACAUCUGGAAACCACAGAGUCAGCAGAUAAAGCUCCACCUUCCCUCUCGCCGCUCCCCAGCUCCCCACACAGUGUGCUGGGCUGUCAUCUGCAUCCUGUGCAUUCAUUCUCAUUCUUUAUGCCUUGUUAUUCUGUCAAUUUCUUAAUCUAUUUAUGCUGACUUUAUUUUUAGUGGGCCUAUUGUGACAGUGAAUCCUGAAAUUGCCUUGGUUGUUUUCUGAAAAUGGCCGUUACUGAACCAUAAUGCAGACCCCAAAUAAAAUAAUGUAAGCCCCAGGCAGUUUCUGGAGGUCUGCAGCUGCUGUCUACAUUUAGAGCUGCAUAUCAAUUCUCCCUUCGGAGGGGGUUGCCGGGAGAGGCAGCUCAGAAGGCAAUGCCGUGUCAUAUUUAGAUGAGCAUCUCUGGGUCUUGCUAAAAAUGCUCACUUCUUCCCCUUAUGGAGAAUUUCUUCAAACAUUAAUAAAUUCCCUCCCCUCUCCCUAUCUUUUGUUAGCAAACUAUAAAAAAUGCAAAUGAUCCAGAAACCAAUUAAUUUUUAGAAGGUUGCAGCUGCUUUGCUGUAUUCACAAGACGUGGUGGGCACAUUAGGGUGUGCAUCUCAGGCACGAGCAUGCAGAAGGCAUCGGCUGCUUGUCGCAGUGGUGCUGGCUAUCUCCAGACAGGAGCUGUCAUUCCACUGUGUCCAAGCACACAGAUGACUUCCACAUUGCAUUCCACAUCCCAAGAACCUGCUUGUGAAGGGGACAUGCCGGGGCAAGACGGUGGCCUUGUGAUAUAUUUCCAGUGACACGAUGAAAAGUUUCACCUUCUUGUACCAAGGAAAUGCUCAAUGGAGAGGCAGGGGUGCUGGCACUGGCAUUCUUCAGCCCGCCUCUGGUAUCUUAAGCCCUAGGGGCUUUGGGGGUUACAGCUACUGGAACUUGGUUAGAUUUAGAGCUCAUAAUUGCAAACGUCAAAGUAUUUAUUUUUCUGGCGGUUCUGCAAAAUGUCGAAAUAAUAUUCCUGCAAGAGAACACUGUCAGUCUUCCUUCUACUUUCUAUGACAUUCAACCAUACUGUUCACAGCUCACCCAUCAGCCAUUCUCCUUUUCCAUUCUUCCCUUGUAGCAGAGGCUGGAUGUGGUUGAGGUAGAAGGAUCUCAAUCCCAUAAUUUCAGCCUCCCAAGGUACACUGCGCCAGGUCCAAACUAAUCACUGUGAUCCCAUGAUUGGCCCAGGACUCAGCAUGUGACCCCAUUGAGGCUAAUGGGACACAGAGCAAGCCUGCUGAUGGGGCUUCUAGGAAAUACUUUUAUUUUUCUUCGGCUACAAGACAAAGGUUCAUAGGGAAAAGACCUUUCUGUACCUUCCCCAAUCUCCUGCCUCCAAUGCUUCUGUGUGAUGAUGUGAUACUUGGAACAUGGUGGCAUCUUGUGACCAUGAAGGGACAGACUUGGCAUGGACAGCCAUGUGCUGCUGCAGGUGGCAGAGCAGGUAACCAGGAAGCCUGGUGCCAACAGCCGUCCUUGUGCACCUGUGCCAGCCGGGACCUCCCACCUCUGGACUUCUGGCCCAUGAGCUCACGCCCUGUCUUCACUGCCCAGUGCCUGUUGGUCAGCUGUUUCGUUACUUGUAAUUGAAAGCAUUCCUGAUGGACUCAAGACUCUCUGAAGAAACCUUAGAGGUGUGUCACCUCUGCUGUCAGCCAUUUGAAUGCCCUCCCAGCACUUCCACACUAAAUUCUAACUGCCUCCUGAGUCUCAACUCUUCUCCACAGUUCUCAAGUAGAAACUGUUAUGAUCCCCACUGUAUAGAUGAGCAAACUGAGGUGCAGCACACAACUUGUUCAGGACAAUUAGCUAGUAAGUGACAGAGCUGGACUGAAACCCAGCAAUUCGAUGCAGCCAUACUCUCAAUAUCAGGCUAAUAGGUUGUCUACACCUGGAUGGCAUCUGAAUUCAGUAGUUGCAGACACAGAGAACGCGGACAUGCUCUGGGCAGCUGGGCCCUCUGCUGGAGACGCCUGCAGCUAACACCCCUCUGCUUAUGGGGUAUGUUUCCGUUGUGGUUGUUGAGCUAGUCACUCAGCCUCAGCUUCCUCCAGGCUGUUUCAUCAUCUUAUCUGGAGGAUUUCUUUUUUUUUUUUUUAAUUGCAUUUUAGGUUUUGGGAUACAUGUGAAGAACAUGCAAGAUAGUUUCAAAGGAAACGAGCAGCCUAGUGCCCAGAAAGAAAAGAAACCCUGAAUCAGAGAGGGUUCUGCGAGUUCAAGGCCCCAGAGGCACAAUAGCCCAGAAGCCCCAAGGACUUUCUAUCAAAACUCACAGGUACAACCUUGAAAACACAGGAAAGGAAAACAAGAACUUGCCUUCUUGGGCAAAGGGAGCUGAAAGAGGCCAGGCCCAGAACUCCAGAGCUGAAAUGGGAGCAGCUGCAGCCUGGCUGUUAUUCCAAGCAUGUCAUGCUGAGAAGUAAUGGGAGUGUGUGCUCAUAACUGUCUGUGCUGUGGAUUGAGGACGCGUCCCCCUGGAAGCAUCGACUCUGCCCCCGAAUCACUUGCUGAGGGUGUGCUGUGCAGAGGGGCUGCCCACACAGCUUCUCUAUGUUGACCAUUUUCUUGCUUUAUGCAAAGUAAUUGGCCAAGCAUUGUACCAAAGAAUGAUAAUUAAUCCACUGGCUUAACCCUUGAUGAAACUAUUUUCUUUUCACGAUCCAGCCUGAGUGUUGGGAGAGAUGAAAUAGAAUGUUGAGAGGCUGAGGAGAAGGAGGCUUUUCCCAUCUGGUGGGAGCAGCUGGAUGACGGGCAGGUUACCCUGGUGUGUCUCAAGCCCUCGGCCACACACCACUCAUGCUCAUUCCUAUCAAGGGAAGAACUGCUUUCAGCAAGCUAAGGCUGGCUUGAAAGGGGUCCAAGAUCUGGAAUAUCCAUCCCUUAGUUAAAAACCUUUCUCGAACUUCCUGUCCUUGUCCCCACCUAUCCAGACAAUCAGGGAGGCAGCCUAGGAUCAGAGCCUGGCAGGGAUAAGACACCUACCCCAAGGACAGACAAGGAACAGGCGAGAUUCUAACAGGCUGGGGUGGGUUUCAAUAGCAAACAGGCUGCAAAUAACAGUAAGUCCUGCUAAACAGCACUGGAAGUGGAAUCAACUUCACUUUGUACGUUCCGUCCUGAAUGAUAUAAGAAUACACACACACACACACACACACACAGAAAGAGAGAGAGAGAGAAAUGGAGAGACUAUGCCUAUUAAGAUUUGAUGUGUUUCUAACCUAUAGGAUUUCUCUAAACAUGCUGUGCAGGUCUUCCAGCAAUAGAUAAUAUAGAAAACUUCCAGAGACAGAGAUGCCCUUCUGCUUCCAGCCCUCUGAUAAAGUAUGAGAGAGACAGAUUUUUAAUAAUGUAUAUCCAAAUAGGAGAGAAAAAGAUACUGAAACUCUAACCUUGAGACAGCUCUAACCCUACAUGGUAAUAUAUGACCAGCAGUCACAGAUUUUCCAUCAUUUUAAAAUACACUUUUAUGUAUUUUAGAAAUAUUUGCCAUAAGUAUGUAUUACUUCAACAAUCAGAAAAACAUUAAAUUAAUAAUAAAAUUAAUAUCAAGAUGAAAGAGAAAAGACCCACAGAGCCUUUUCUGCAUUUUCAUUCUUGAAUUAUAUAAAACACACACACAUGUGCACACACACACAGGCACAGAAGUUUUUUUUAAAACUAAAAUGGUGUUUUUUAAUGGGAACCAGAAGUUGAACAAUUACAUAGUCCAGCACAAAAAAACCUGUAUGCUGUCAGGAGUUGGAAGCUUACAAAGUAAUGAGAGUAGCACUGGAUACAAGAAGGAAAACAGUUCCAGGUUCCAGAGCCAGGCUAAUACAACCUCUCCCUGCAAGCCUGUCUGUGCUCCCUCCUCAGUUCCAUCUUACCAAGGCCAAAGCCGCCUCUGUCCUCAACACCCCAGCCCCCUUGGAAGCCCUUACAGUCCCCACCACAGCCCCAGUAGGCACAUUGAUCAUAACCUCCUCUACCACCAUGACAAUCAUCUCCAUCGUUACCCACCAUAUGAGAGCCUCUGGUUCCCCACCUGGGCCAUCUGGUUUAGGGGACUUACACUGGUUGCAUUCCAUUCACUCCUCCAAGGAAUCAUGCAGAAAACCAUCACCACCACCAUCGCCAUCAUCACCAUCAACACCAUCAUGAACACCAUCAACACCAUCACCACCACCACCACCAUCGCCAUCAACACCAUCACCAACACCAUCAACACCAUCACCACCACCAUCACCAUCAUCACCAUCAACAUCAUUACCACCAUCACCAUCACCAACACCACCAACACCAUUAACACCACCAUCACCCUCAACACCAUCACCAUAACCAACACCAACACCAACACCAUCAUCACAAUCACCAUCACCAUCAACACAUCAAUACCAUCAACACCACCAUCAACACCAACACCACCAUCACCAUCAACACCAUACCAUCAUCACUAUCACCAUAACCAACACCAACACCAUCAUCACAAUCACCAUCAACACAUCAACACCAUCAACAUCACCAUCACCAACACCAUCACCAUCAACACCACCAUCACCAUCAACACCAUCAACAUCAUCACUAUCACCAUCAACACCUCACCAUCAACACCACUAUCACCACCAUCAACACCACCAUCGCCAACACCAUCAUCUGUUACCAGCAUCACCAUUGACACCAUCCCCAUCCCCAUCAUCAUCAUCACCAUUAAUCAUCAAAUAACCCAUCAUCAGCAUCAUCACCAUCAUCACCAUGAAGCCACACCAGGAUGCAGAGUGUGUUGAAGAGUAGAGGACACCAAGGAAGAGAAGUGGAGUGGUGGGAUGUAGGGGCCAAGGCAGCCAUAUGGAGUGUCCCAUAUGGAAUAGAACUUGGUCUCUGGAACUGGAUUCUGUUUCUGCAAACUGCCAGCUUUGUGACAUUGGAAAAGUCACUUAACCUCUCUGAGCCUUAGUGCCCAUGCAUGUAAAAUCAGGAUAAUAAUGGUCCCUGAGGUGAUGAUAAGAAUUAAAAUGUGUAGGCUGGGCACAGAGGCUCACGCUCCCAGCGUUUUAAGAGGCCAAGAUAGGUGGAUCCCUUGAGCUCAGGAGUUUGAGAACAGCCUGGGCAACAUGGUGAAACACCACACACACCCACACACACACACAUACACACACACACACAGUCAGGCCUGUGGUCCCAGCUGCUCUUGAGGAUGAGGUGGGAAGAUCCCUUGAGACUGGGAGACAGAGAUUGCAGUGACCUGUGAUCACACCACUGCACUCCAGCCUGGGUGACGGAGUAAAAUCCUAACUCAAAACUUAAAAGAAAAGAAUGAAAAUGUAUAAGCCCCUGGUCAAACUACUAGUCUGACCCAGGGCAGGGUCUCAGCAGCUUCUUCCACUGCUGCUGCUCCAUCCCAGCAGGAGGUGGCAGGACUCAGGUGGAAGAGUCAGUUCAGUAAGCCACCCUGGAGAUCUGGAUGUCUGGAGAAGGUGGAGCACAGAGCAUGCAGUGUGGAGGAGCAGGAAACUCCCGUGGGAGAAGAGGCAAGACUAACCAUGACUGGACUCCGGAGGCCAGGGGCUAUUGCUGGCAUUUAAGGGAUUGGGUGGCCACGAGGGCACUUUCAGCCAAGGGAACGAAAACACCUGACAGAAGCUGGCUGAUCUGAUAGUGAAACAGAUUCUUUCAAAUCCAGCACUGGAAGGGAAGGUGGCACCAGAUUUGGUUCUUGGGCUCUGGGUCCCCCGUGGGCGGUGGCAUCCAGACACAGUCUUCAGAAUAAGGACCGUCUCUCCUGGUCUCUUUCUUAAAAGCCAAGAUUCCUUCCCAUGCUGAGUCCUGCGCCCACCUGCACCACUCACUCACUGCAGAUUAGCAUGAUCCUGGGCUUGGGCCGAUCAGAGUGUAGCCCUGGAGCUGCAGGUAGGGAUGCUUGGCUCUGAGCCAAACAAAACUGGGGUUCAUGAAGAAGAAACAGUUGUCGGGGGUAAUGUCUGGGCAAUGCACAGCACCCACUAAAUCCUGAAGGGGAUGUGGUGUAGAGAGAGGACUUCCCAGCCGGGUUGGGGCACUGCGCCCUGUGGCCACCCAAUCCUACCCUGGAAAAGUUCGUCUUGGGCAGAAAGCUGUGCCGCUGUCCACCAUGAGGGGUCAGCUGGGGGCUCCUCGAACAUGGACUGCAGGCUACCAUACAAAGUGGUGCAUGAAGGAUCUAGAACAGACCACAUGCCCUCCUUACAUGGAAUUUUAGCAGAGCCCAGCAUCUGACACAGAUCAAAACAAACAGCAUCUGUAGGGACUGCCUCCGGGACACCUGAGCCCAGCCCUGUGCUCAAACCUGAGCAAACUCCAGGACCCGGGUGCUUUUCUUGUCACUGCCUGAGAGCGUCAGGGGCGGUGCAAUGGGCAGACUCAGCCAGAAGGCUUGGGGUGUCACAAUGGCUAAGGGACAAGCUUAAUGCCAGAGGGAGAGACGCAGGGUUGGUCCUUAGUUUCCACAUGGCAGGUUAUCCCCGGGGGGCUUCCAGCAUUUUGUACCGGGGACCCACAGCCAAUUUCAGGAGUCACGCGAUCACUGUGCACUUCUCUCCAGGCAGGCCCACUAGGAGCCCUGGGCUCCCCUCCUCUUGUUUGACAGUAUCUUGGGGUCUGAAGAGGGCUGGAAGUGAUUCCUGGGCUGCCUGCUGUGGGUGUGGUUGGGUUUUCCCAGCUUCCUGGUCAAACCUGGAGAGUUUCCAAGGGCUUGGAGGAAGAGUCCCCUUCCUGGGAAGGCUGAAUGCCCUGAUCUCCAGACUGGGGACCCUCAGGCAGCCCACUUAUAUCACUGUGAAAAUGGGGGCUCACUUGCACUCUCCCUUUCUCUUUUCCUCUCAGAGCCUUGUGCAAUGCUUGUUUUGAGAUAAAUUUUUCACAUCUGUGGAAUCCUGCCUUCCACUCUGUGGCAUAUGAGUCCCCUCCCACUUCCCUCCCAGUGCCCUGGGCUUGGGUCCUGCCUUUUACUUUCAGUGUUUCACUGUGAACACUGAGGAAGGACCUCAGGUGUGUGAAAGCGCACACACCACUCCUGCUUAGCUUGCUGUCCCAGCCGGUCCUAAAUCAAGCACCUUCCUCCACCAGAUUAUCCUCUAGCAUUGGUUUAAUGAUAACCUAUUCACUUGACAACAAGCAAUUUAAAUGUUUUUUUUUUUCCUUUUCCUUUUCUUUUCUUUUUUUCUUUCUUGCCUUGACCCAGCCAGCUUUUUUAGCCAGAUAAGUGGUAUUUUACCUUGGAAGCAAUUAUCAUCAUAAUUACAGAGAUGGCUGUCAUUGGAAAGGUGAUAUUCUAGGAAAAGUGUCAGAGGCUCCUGGAAACUUUGCUCCAGAAUCCACACUUGCAGCCAGCUCAGAAUGUUUAAUCAGUUUCUUCGCCUCUCUACCUGCUCUUUGGAAGUCAGCUCAUGUCAGCGUCGGAGGUCACUUCCUGGUUUGGCUGGAGGUCUUCUGAAGGCUGGCUUCUGGAGUAUUUAGGGCUGACUUAUUGAUCUAUCUGCUGAUUUUGAACCUUUGGCUUCAAGAAUGUAGUGUAUACACAUUGCAGUCGCAAAAUUACGUAAGCAAAAAUUGUGAUUUGUUUCUACAAUUAAGUUAAAUUUUUAUCCUGAACUUCUUUUCUGUCUAAUGGUUAGAAAACCUAAUCUAGUCAACUGCAGAUAAACUCAGACAAUUUCAUGAAAUUUUUGUGCAUAAGAUCAGUUAAGAGCAGGAUUUUCUGCCAGUUUUCUUGCUAGCAUCUAGCUCAUCGUGGGGCAGUUGGAUGGGUGGUGGUUUUCCUGGUGUGGUAAGUUGCAAGCAUGACCUGACUUCACCUCUCCCUCUAUUCUGCCCUUUGCCACAUAAUUAUCGUGUGUCCGCCAUGCUGACGCCUGCCUCCAUCGUGGGACCUGCUUUGGCCAAUGGAAUAUCAGCAAGUGUGAAGCAAUAAGAGCACUUGCAUGAUUAGACUUGCUUUCUCUUCCCCUCUGCCCUUGCCAGGAGAAGGACAUGCCCCUGCCAGCCUGCCGAUCCCAGGAGAAGAAAGAGAGGCAGGUGGAGCACAGCCAGCUCACCUGGAUGGGAUGGAGACCACCGUAGCCAGCAGCCCCAGACGUAUGACAGAGCAGCCCACAGCUACUGCAGGCUCUUGGGAGAGCCUGUGUCAGGGGCUGAGCCCGGCGGGCUCGGAGCUAAAUGCGUGUUUCCUGUGGUUAGGGAGCAUGGCAGUGAAAGGGCACACACAGGAGGUCGUGCAAUCCAGGGGAAACGUCUGCCCUUCCUGCACUUGCAUUUGCAGAGCGAGAAGGUCUUCUUGUGGUUGGUUACUGAUAUCUUCUAUUCCCAGUGGGAUCCAUUGGUUAGAACUGCCCCUCACAGGCCUGGAGUGGUGGCUCAUGUAAUUCCAGCACUUUGGGAGGCUGAGGUGGGCAGAUUGCCUGAGGUCAGGAGUUCAAGACUAGCCUGGCCAACAUGGUGAAACCCCAUCUCUACUAAAAAUAUAAAAAUUAGCCUGAUGUAGUGGCAGGUGCCUGUAAUCCCAGCUACUCGAGAGGCUGAGGCAGGGGAAUCGCUAGAGCCCGGGAGGUGGAGGUUGCAGUGAGCCAAGAUCAUGCAACUGUACCCAGCCUGGGUGACAGAGUGAGACUCCAUCUCUAAAUAAAUAAAUAAAUAAAUAAUAACUGGAA